UUUUCAUCUAAAUGAACACCAGCUUUAUCGUCAUUCAAACAAAGAUAUAUACAAACUAUUUAGUAUGUAUUUUAAUUAGCUGGAUGAAGUGCUAAGACAUUGUGCUUAGAUUUAGAGGUGCGGGCAGAAGACGUGUAUUUCUACUUAUUGUAGAGGAGUGUUUUUGGAGUCAUUGUCAUCAUCUCUAAACGACAUGUCGGAGAAGCACGGUCUGGAUGAGUCAGGGAGGCAGCAAAUGCCCCAGCAAAUGAACCAGAUGCUUCCUCCUCCCUACAUCUCUGCCCAGGACCCCAACAUGCCCCCACAGGGCUCCCCGAACCCCGGCUGUGGCCCCCAACCCAACUACCCUCCUCCUCCGCCUCCCCCGGGCUCCGAGGGCUACCUCCAGGAGACCCAGUUCCACUGCGGGACCCUGGGCCACUCUCGGGCUCCUAACGGCUACACCGUGCAGACACACGGCCCGGGAGGAACCGUCCAACACGCCCCAGUGGGCUACAUGCACCCUGGAUAUCCACUUCAGCUGCAGCCAUGCACAGCCUAUGUACCUGUCUACCCCAUCGGAACAUCGGGGCAGCCCUAUAUGCCUAACGGAGGGCCGCACCCUGGCGUAGCUCCUGGGCAGAUGGCGAUGCAGAUGCCCCCUGGCAUCGCUUUGAUGGAGUCCCGGCGCCCGCCCCAUGAUUACCUGCCCAUCGCUGUCCUCACCACAGUCUGUUGCUUCUGGCCUACAGGAAUCAUAGCCAUCAUCAAAGCCAUGCAGGUGCGCACAGCGGUUGCUAGGGGAGAUAUGGUUACUGCGGAGAUUGCCUCCCGAGAGGCGCGGAACUUCUCCUUCAUCAGUCUUGCGGUGGGCAUCGCCUCCAUCGUGCUCUGCACCAUCCUAACGGUGGUGGUCAUCAUCGCUUCCCAGCAUCACGAGGACGACUGGGAGCCGUAG